AGCUCCCCCCUCACCCCAUUCCUCCGCCCCUGCUGGGGGAGGAGGGGACGGGCUGCCCGCGCCCUCCUGCCACAGCCGCACGCAGGUGGGGGACGCGGGUCCCGCGCCCGCCGGGCACGGCUCCGCUUCCCUGCGCUGGCGGGGUCCCCUGCCGCAGAGAGCGCCCGGCAAGCCCAUCCAGGCUCCUCGGCGGGAUGGCGGCGGCGGAGGGCCGCCCCGUGGGGCUCGGCGCUGCGCCCUAGCAGCCGCCGCUCGCCAGGCACUGCCGGGGGGCACGGAGCCGAGCCCCGAGCCGGGCGCGGAGCCGGCGCGGCCCAGCUCCGUCUGCGCUUCCGCUCCUCUCCGCCGCCUCUCGGGGCUCUUCCCGCCUCCCUGCCCCGUCCCCUGCCAUUGCAGCAGGCAUGGGCUGUUUCUGCGCGGUCCCGGAGGAAUUCUACUGCGAAGUUUUGCUCCUGGACGAGUCCAAGCUGACCCUGACCACGCAGCAGCAGGGCAUUAAGAAGUCAACCAAAGGGUCGGUUGUCCUGGGCUACGUAUUUCGUCACUUAAACCUAGUGGAGAUAGAUUACUUUGGACUGCGCUACUGUGACCGAAGUCACCAGACGUACUGGCUGGAUCCUGCAAAGACCCUUGCUGAACAUAAAGAAUUGAUAAACACUGGACCACCAUACACACUGUAUUUUGGCAUUAAAUUCUAUGCAGAGGAUCCAUGUAAACUUAAAGAAGAAAUAACAAGGUAUCAGUUUUUCUUGCAGGUGAAGCAAGAUGUUUUACAGGGCCGUUUACCUUGUCCAAUCAACACUGCAGCACAGCUGGGAGCAUAUAUAAUUCAGUCUGAACUGGGAGACUAUGACCCAUAUAAGCACACUGCAGGUUACGUCUCGGAGUACCGCUUUGUUCCAGACCAGAAGGAGGAGCUGGAGGAUGCCAUAGAGCGGAUACACAAAACUCUGAUGGGUCAAGUUCCUGCUGAGGCAGAAGUAAACUACUUAGGGGUGGCCAAAUCCCUGGAAAUGUAUGGAGUGGAUCUCCAUCCUGUUUAUGGUGAAAACAAAUCUGAGUAUUUUUUAGGUUUAACACCCAUAGGAGUUGUUGUCUACAAGAAUAAAAAACAAGUAGGAAAAUAUUUCUGGCCCAGAAUUACAAAAGUUCACUUCAAGGAAACACAGUUUGAACUUAGAGUCCUGGGAAAAGAUUGCAAUGAAACUUCCUUCUUUUUUGAAGCCCCUAACAAGAUCACUUGCAAACAUCUCUGGAAGUGCUGUGUAGAACAUCAUACAUUUUUCAGAAUGCCAGAGAAUGAAUCAAACUCUCUGUCAAGAAAAUUCAGCAAGUUUGGAUCCAUAGGUUAUAAGCGUCGGUACAGUGGGAGGACAUCUUUGCAAUUGACCAGAGACCUUUCUGUGCAGCUGCCACGGCCUGACCAGUGCAUUGAAAGAAGUCGCAGCAAGACUUACCCCAAAAGAACACAGCAGACAGGAUCUAAGAAUGUGAGCCAGAUUACAACAAAUGGGGAAAAUGAAGGGACUACCAAAAUUAUUGCACCUUCCCCUGUGAAAAGCUUUAAAAAGAUGAAAAAUGAAAACAGUCCAGAAACCCAAAGAAGUAAAACAAGUGCACCAUGGGAGGAAAAUGGCCCACAGAGUGGGCUGUAUAAUUCUCCCAGUGACCGCAAUAAAUCACCAAAGUUUCCUUACUCUCGACGACGGAACCCAUCAGGUGGCAGUGAUAAUGAGUCUGGGCAGCCAGUCCGGAGGAGGAAAAAUCAAAACAGUGGUGAAGAUUCAGAUUUAAAGCAAAGGAGAAGGUCACGGUCUCGCUGUAACACCAGCAGUGGCAGUGAAUCAGAAAAUUCCAACAGAGAGCAUCGGAAGAAGAGAAACAGAUUACGGCAAGAGAAUGACAUGGUUGACUCUGCUCCUCAGUGGGAAGCUGUGCUGCGGCGUCAGAAGGAGAAAAACCAGGCAGAUCCAAGCUAUCGGCGAUCCAGGCACAGAUCUCGAUCGAGAAGCCCAGAUGUACAAGCUAAAGAAGAACUUUGGAAACAUAUUCAGAAGGAGCUUGUGGAUCCAUCUGGCCUGUCUGAGGAACAGUUGAAAGAAAUACCAUACACUAAAAUAGAGACUCAAGGUGACCCGAUCCGCAUUAGGCAUUCACAUUCUCCUCGAAGCUACCGUCAGUAUCGGCGGUCCCAGUGCUCUGAUGGAGAAAGAUCUGUCCUGUCUGAAGUGAAUGCAAAAACUGAUCUGGUGCCUCCACUGCCUGUUACACGAUCUUCAGAUGUGAAAGGUCCCAGCAUCCAGUUGACUCAACAGAGACAGAACGGAUCUAAAGACAGCCUAAUAGAAGAAACAUCUCAGCUCUCCACUAACAACAUCUGUGGAAAACCCACCACUAAGAUCAUAAAAACUGUACAGGUGUCACGCUUCAAGGUGGAGACUUGACUGCUGUAACUGAGGAUGGUGAAUGGAUUGUAUUAUUUGGAAUCAGAGAAUUUGUGUUUGUGUGUGCAGGGGAAGGAACUAAAGUCGUUGUGGUAGCAAUUUCUUCAGGACACUCAGAGGAGCAGCCUGCUUGCUGGAAAGAUCAAGCAAUACUUUUAUCACUGACACCAUUCUAGUGGUAUGACUGGUCAAGGAGAAGCUGCCUGAUCAGACUACCAAAAAGAGAAGUCUUAAUAAAACUGAAUGUUCAGCAGUUACAUUUCCAAAAAAUGAAAAACAAAAAAAAAAUUGCUGCAGCAAAACAGGCUUUAUGGUCUGCUCUGUAACUGAAUAGCCUUUUUCCAAAAAAUGACUGUUAACUGACAUUGUCAGGACUAGAUGCUUCAAGAGAAGCAAAAUAGUCAUAUUUUUGGCCAAUUGUGCAAUACAGUGUGAUAUGGGGAGAAUUAUCUUCACAAUCUUAUAUGGGGAUCAACUUGUGUCCUGAGACAUAAGGACUGAUAGCUCUUACAAGGUUUAUUUUAGCCUAGCACAGCAGCAGAUGCUUGUGUUUUAAUACAAAUGUUGACCUGUUUUAGCUCAAAAUAAUAGACUUGGUAACAUGCUGUAGCAGUGAGUUCCAGAAGUGAUACAGACUUACUUUCCCUUGGCAGUUCUAAGUGUUCGCAAUUUUGAAUGCCCUUUUAUGUAGAGGGAUUGUUUAAUUGAACAUUCCAUACCAUAGAAAUACAUCUGUCACCUUAUAGUAAACCACACUGGAAAAAAACUGGAGAAUAUGUACCAACCCACUGUAUUAAGACUGCUUAGCAAGGCACUUAAGUACUGGUUAAAUAAAACUUGUAGAGUAGGACUUAAGACAGCUAGCAAUUCGCCUUUUUUAUUAUUUUAUUUUAUUUUUUAAACUAGAUUAGCAAAGACUGCCUUAAUCUCUUUUCAUGGGAAAUAAUUGAUGCUAGUACCUUAUCAUACUUUUCUCUGAGCCAUUUCUACAAUGAUAAAAUGAUAAAGGCAGUAUUUCAGGUAUGAUAAUUACAAUUUUUUUCUAUUGUUACAGUAGUAAUAGUAUUAAUGAUGCUGCACAUUGACUGGGUUGUCCUCUAGUACAUAUCUGAAGUGAUGCCUAGCUCUUCUCCUGUCCUGUAUCACUUUGCACAUAUAGUUGAAAGUCAUUCCUCUGCUUCCCCUUUGUCCACAGUCAGCACACUGGGUGAGCCUUCUGGCAUUGCUAACUUAUUAAGAACCUUAGUAAAAUCUUUUGUGUUGUUAAAGUAACUUUUGCUAAGUGUUAGCCCCAAACUAAAUAUUGAUUUUGUCAAAUUAAUUUGGCUGUAGUAGCUCAUGUGCCUUUUUACAUCUGUGCUUAAACUCAGCCCCCACUGCCUUCACUGAAUCACUGAAGAUUUGCAGUGAUCCUGUGUCUUCUGCUCCUAGCAACACCAUACCAGGGGUCUUUAGCCCUCUCGGAAAAGCAAUACUGUUUGAGAACUGGAGUGAGCAUAAGGCAUCUAAGUUAUGCAUUACAAGAGGCAUGGGAUUAGUAAUACACAUUUUAAGUAACAAAACUGAGAAGUGAAACCUUGUCUGAUGUGUUUUAUUUAUUGUUUCAUGAUCUGAGGUGAUCAUGUGUAUGCUACAAGCCAGGGUGGUAGCCAUAAAUUUUGUAUAUUCACAUCACAGUAUGGAUCUGUCUGACGGUUAGAAGAUGCCACACUGCCAGGGAAGGCAGAUUCACUUCAUAAAUAUUUUUAUUUGAUCACUUAUUUUGGACAAUUCUGCUUCUUCAGUCUCAGUGAACAAAUCUACGGGAAGGAAACAGCUUAGAACCCCCCCUGUGGUGAAAAUGCUAUUUUCAUGGAAAUUCUUCAGCAUUUCCUGGAUUUGCUGUUGAUUUCAUCCCAGGACCUUGUUGGGCUUGGCUUAGAGUAUUUGCUCAAACUGUUUUUUAAGUUUGUUAAAUGGUUUCAUUGUAAUUGCUCCAACUUAAAGUGUUCCUUUUGGAUCUGUUUAUGACUUUGUGUACUAUACUGACAAGCACCAGUUAAAAAAAAACCCAAACAAAUAAAAAGAAAAAAAAAAGGAAAAAAAAAAGAAGAAGCAAAAAUAACUGAACCCCAAAGGGAAAAUAACCCACCACUGUGGCAAGGAUUGUGGUGAUACAGAUUCAUCUAGAGCAUCACAGUCUUUUGGGAAGACUACUGAAAUGUGACAGACCACACAAGAAGUGGUUACAGAAUCUGCAAUGAAAGCCACUCAUUUCUUCAAGAAGGUGUUCCAAGCUGGAGCAUUAUGCACUUGCUUGUAGUUUGUUGCUUACUAAAUCAUUGUCAUUAUUCUGCAUUCCUUACUCAGGCACAGACAGAAAGAACAUAUCUACUACUUUACGAGGAUUUGUGUUACUAUUUGAGAAUUAUCUGUGCAUAGUGUCCAUAUCAUGCGAAUCCUCAAAUACUGAUCAAGAAGAAAAUUACUUGCAAGGUUUACAUCCAACCUCAUGUUUUCACGUAUCUUGUAAUCUGCCUGUGGGCUUUUGUGUAUUAGUGCUGGAUACCAUAAGGCAAGUGUGUGGUAUUUCACUUAUCUCACUGUACCUUAAAAUAGGCUUCUAUCAAGUCUAAUAUUGAUAGGUUUCAGUUCUUAAGUCAGAGGGGAGUUGUUUUGUAAUCAAGCCAACUUUUUUGCAUUUAAAAGAAAAACUGACAAAGUCCUGGAUUUGGGUUACCGGUCUCUCCAGUAAGACUAUGUGAGAAACAGGUGUGAGUAAAUCUAAUGCUAGUCUGGGGCACUACAGUACAGUUUUGUAUCCACAAAACAAGGACUAAGCUUAACACACUAACAUUACAUGCUAAGUGUCAAUGCUAGAAAAUGGCAAAACUGGGACAAGGAUGUCACUGUCAGCUGAUAGUACAGAAAAAGAAACUUAACUCCAUAUACAUGAGCCUCUUUCCCUUCAAGCUUCUUUUUCUCAGUCUUUUGAGGAAAGGAACAUUUUCUUGUGAUCUUGUUAUUUUUGUGUGAGAUAACUACAGGUGAUCAAUCAUUGAAAGCACUUAUUGUGUCACACACUAAACCAGCCCUACAUGUGUAAGUGGCUGACCUCUUACAGCUCUGAGCUACACCUUGUCCUUCUGCCUGUUUGCUGCCCUUCCCCGUGUUGCUACCCUUCUCUGGCUUUCUUAGGACUUUCAUUGCCUAGAAACAGUUGUAUUUUCUAGUCUGGGUGUGAGUCCAAAAUAUUUGUACUCCCUGAAGAGUCAGGCAGAAAACAGGAGAUGUGUAACUGUGUCAGGCAAAGUUUAGCCUGGGUUUGGAUGCAAAUAACUGACCUGUCCACACAUGGACAAAGGACUGGUAUUUGAGACAUUCUCAUCCUAAUUCUGCUUCUAGUCUGCUGAACUGAUCUCAGGCCAACAGUUUUAACUGUACCUCUGCAUUUACCUCUCCUGAGACUUCCAUAAGUGCUAAGAAUAGGUAAGCUAUGGAAUUCUUUCACUUAUUCAUUAGCAACACCUACAACACAGGUAUAUACCUCUUUGUGAAGUAUGUGUUUUAUACAAUAAAGAGGGCUUGCCAACCACACCACAAAAGCAUUUUUGUAUAUUCCGUAUUGGUCCCCUUGCUUGUGAGCUGGAUUCUUUCAUUAGGAGCUAGUCUUGACCUGCUGUUUUCUACACCACACUUCUUACCAAUAUCCCUAACUUUGCAACUUCUAUUCUAAUUGAGCUCAUUAUAUUGAAGCUGUUUGUUGGGGAAAAAAAAAAAAAAAUCACUACCACUUAAGUUGCCAAAUCUAUCAUCUUUAUACAGGUGAAUAUUGAGCUGAAUAGAUAGCACAUUCUCUUUUUGGAAAGCCUGUUAUUUCAAAGCUCUCUAGAAAGAUGUUUGAAAACAACAUACAUAAACAUAUCAAUGUGAUUAGUAUGUUCCAUGUACAUUAAGUAUUCAUGAAGCAACUGUGUGCUUUAUUUUAAAUUGAGUUUGAUAGAUGGCUGUGUCAAUAUUUGUGUCCAGAUUAUUUAAAAGUCAAUUAAAACUUGAAUUUUAGGGCUUUC